AUGACCGAUGAUCAGCCGGCUUCACGUGUCCGUGAUUGGUUACGCCAGUCAGGUUUCGCGCCCGAGGCCGAAGAGGCUGAGAACCAACCCCGCAAUCAAAAUGCGUUGGGCUCUACUGGCUCCGAGGUGGACACCAGGGAUUCGCUAGAGGACAUUUUACGCCUCGAUACUCACACCAACAGCGAGACUCGCGAGGCCGAAGAGGCCGAGAACCAACCCCGCAAUCAAAAUGAGUUGAGCUCUACUGGCUCCCUGGUGAACACCAGGGAUUCGCUAGAGGACAUUUUACGCCUCAAUACUCGCACGGAUAGUGAGACUCCCGAGGCCACAGAGGCUGAGAACCAACACCGCAGUCAGAAUGAGUUGAGCUCUACUAUCUCGGAGGUGGACACCAGGGAUUCGUUAGAGGAUAUUUUACGCCUAGAUCCUCGCAUGGACAGCGAGGCUCCCGAGGCGGUUGGUCUACCCGAGUCACAGUCUGCUUAUUCGACUGAAGAAGCGAGCGCUCGAGACAGCGAUGAGGUGACCGGACGCUCAUUGGAUGAAGUCCAUCAAUUGGAUACCCCUCUAGUACCCUCUACUGUCGAGGUGCUAUCGUCUCAGAGCUCGGAAGUUGUCCGACCGGCCAACAAUCGGAAGAAAAAGAAGAAUAAAUGGGCACCUACACCCUUUACAUAUAAAGACAUAAUUCGAAACGCGAGCAAGGCGCUGAAUCAUAUAGAGAAAGGAAAUUUGCAGGCAAGGCCCCGCCAUGAUAAGGCUUCAAUUCGUUAUUACGAUUAUCUCCGUGACGGGUCGGUCCACCCAGGGUCUGCUGAAGAUGUGCGGGAGCUCCCAUCUUUGGGCAAUAAGACCGAUGUACGCCAACGCUUGAUCGUGGUGGAGGAUCUUUCCCAACGAACGAUUAAUACUUUGGGGAUAAGAUUCAGAAUCAAUCCAGAGUUCUUCGAGGAGCAUCUGCUCAAUUCUGGAUAUUCGGGAGCCGAUUUCAACCAGCCAUCAUCCAAGACAUGGAGCACGGCCUCGUUGCAGAAGUCUUAUGUUUGUAUGAAAUGGUUUCGACCCGUUUGGCGGACACCGACAUACUUCUCUAAUCGCGAUCUCUCCGAUCUCCUCCGAAACAAAACGGAACAUUUCACCCACCGCGGAGCUUUUACUACCCGAGCCGAAACAAAUAUUUUCCGUUUAGAAUGGGACUUAUGGACUGAUCCAGCUAAGACGAUACGAGUGAGCAGGGAAUGCGGCUGGGAGGAAAAGGUAUCAAUAUGGAGUGGGAGCCUUCCCGGUCGAAAUUGUCAGAUUGUGAUUGUUCUUCUUGAUCCUCUGCCCCAGAUAAGUGAGCAGCAGCGAUUUUUCAAGAAAGACAAUCUGUAUGAGCCAAAUAGUCCCCAAGAGGCAUCACGUCUUCUUCCUGACAUGCCGAACGAUGAUGGCCUUGAAGAGGCCCUUGUGGAUCUUUUUGGGGGAAACGAAGAUGAUCUCCCGCGCCGUUUGAAUGAAAGGGGUAUGCUUUUUGAUUUCUGGACACGUUACGUGAUGCGACAGACAAUGGGGAAACACGUCGACAAUGAUCCAGUAUACAGGUGCAUCAUCGAGCAGAUGGCCCCGCGCAAGGCCGUGGAAGUUGACUUGGAUCGAAUAUUCCAAGAGGAAGGUUCGGCCAUAGAUUUUAGCACAUCAUUGACCCGGACCAAAUCCACCCGGGAUGAGUUCUGCGAUGCACUGGAGCCUGAUACCGGACAUAUCAGCUUGGCUUUCCCAUUGCUCCAAAUAAUCUGCCGGGACACAUUCGCCCUUCUCAAGCAGCUGCGCCACAUUCUUGAUGAAAUGGAUGUGGAAAUCAUGGACGAUGCACGGAUGGAAGACCGCCUAGUUUUAUGGCGCCAGAUCAUCAGUCGUGCACAGCGGGAGCUCCCGGAGUUCACUACCUCUAUAACACCAUUUGUCAGUUUCAUGGCAAGAAUUGAUCCUGAUGGUGCUUAUGGAGAGGGCUCGGAGCAUGGCCCAGAUGGUAAAUUGGACCUGAAAACACUCCUGGAAGAUAUCGAGAGAAUGACGGAGCGAUUGCGAGUCACGUCAGCAUCUUUAACAUCGAACAUGGCCCUGCUUGAUAGCCGAAGAUCCAUUGAUGAGGCACACGCUGUGACAAGGCUUACCGAACUGGCCUUCAUCUUCAUCCCUCUCUCCUUUGCAGCAUCUGUCUUUGGGAUGCAGAUUAAACCCUUUGCCAAUCCAGUCCCUAUUUGGUAUUUCUUCGUCGUGGCUGUUGUAGCAACAAGUUUCUCAUACACAAUGCGACUUGUCAUGCGCAGUCAAUGGCUCACACAGAUGAAGAUAGAUAUGAGGGCCGACAUCAGAAAGUACGCAGACAAAAACGGCAAAUCCGUUCAGCCCCGAUCGCUUCCCGUUGGUCUUAUUCUCCAAUGGGCGGCCAGCACAUUGGUUUUGAAUGCCGUGAAAACCGGAAAAUGGUCCAUCAGGACUGCUUGGAUUGCGUCACAUUGGAUUUACAGGCAAGUGGGAUUAGUGGUCGGUUUUUUCCUGUUGGUUGGACUCAUCAUCGCGAUACCGACUGGAAUCCUCGGGACCCGACAUCUCAGUCCUGGAAUUCAAACUGCGGUAAGCCUGGGGAUUGUGCUGGCAAUCAUUUUCACUUUAGGCGCUGUAUUCUCAAUCAGCAAUGACACACCAGAUGUAGAAAAUAUCUGGCCACGGAUCUUCACCCGAGAACAGGCAACUUCUGGGGACCAGUCAUCUACUCGGGGCCCAUCUGUGCCUUUGGCUUCCGGUCUCUCUCGAUGGCUCAGAAAGUGUCUCCUUUGGCUGAUUCCGCCAAUAACAGUGCUUGUCAUUCCAAUGGCUUUAUUAUGGACUCGGGCUCUAUCCAUUGACAUGAAAAUCGGCGCGACUAUUGGUAUUGGUGUGUUAGCCUUUUUUGCUCUGGCAUUUUUGGUUGUUGGACAACUGCAUCGGGUUACCCUUCCUUCGGAGAGCAGAGCUUCCAGCUCUUUCAGAUCUUCCAGUACCGGCAGUUAG